AAAUUGGCAACCCCACUUCUUCCCGGAGGUGCAUAUAUCCGAGACGCUCAGCUUCUCGAAGCACACGUCGCGUCCCACCACGUCUCUCUCUCCUACUGUUUUCUCACCCAAAGAUCCGAUUUUCACCAACUAAACCCGCUCCGAUCAACGGCGCAGCCAAGCCGGCGCGCGUUCCAGGCAAUGGCCGUCGAGACGGACACGGCGAGGGCGGCGGUGUCGUCCGAGACGGCGCCGAUGUCGCCGCAGGCCGAGGCGGCGCCGCGCGCCGCCACGGCGCGCCGCGGGAACUGGCUGCGGCGCCUCAUACCGCGGGACUACCUGUCGCUCAGCCGGCGCUGGAAGCUGGGCGGCGGCGCCUUCGCCGCGCCCGGCGGCGGCGCGGCGUCGAGGAGGCUGGCGUCGCUGUCGCGGUCGCUCCGGUGGAAGCGGCGGCUCCCGGGGUUCUCCCUGACCCUGCGGAGCGGCUCGGCGUCGGCGGUGGUCGACGCGGUUGCGUUCCGCGUCAUGUACGUCGUGGAGGCCGUCGUGCUCGGCCUCGCGCUCUCCUGCUUCUUCCUCUGCUGCGGCUGCCACCUCUAACCUCUCCUCUCUUCACACCACGCCAUAAUCGGGCGUGCAACAGCUGCAACCAUCUUAAUUUUCCCUGCUUUUUUUUUUCUUUUUUGUUCUUCUCUUGAUGCUUCCGCUGUAAAUUUCUACUACCUACCUUUCGGUGCUAAGAUUGAAAUUUGCAAUCUGCAAACUGCAAUUCGUAUUU